AUGGCACAAAACUCUUACGAGCAAUACCAUAGAGUUUCUCUUUACUUUCCCUAUUUUUUCAUCGUUCUUGUGAUUAAGGAAGAGAUUAGGAGCGUUGUGUUUCAGGAGCCGUUACCUUCCGAAAUGAAUUUUAAACUGCAAAUGCAGUGGACGCCGGCAAGUGAGCUGAAAAAAGCGAAUGAUGCAGCUGCAGAAGCGUUCCAACGAUUUCCGAAAAGUACAAAGGUGGAGGGAGGCCACAGGAGGGGGUCACGAUCGUCACCGCUGUUUCGUGAGCAUGCCAAAAAACGAGUGCCCUUUUGUCCGCGUGUUCGAUUCCCAUCCAAUGAUGAAAAAAUUGAAGAAGCGCCGAAGCACAAGCAAGCUGCUGCGCACAAAAGGAAGAAAAAACAAAAGAAGAAUAGCGCAAAAUUGGCGGAGCAGUGGUUGGCGGACGAGCGAAGCAAUGCACAGCGUGAGGAACGUGCUCGACGUUUUGCUCGUGAUGAUGACGUUCGACGGACAAAAUUCUCCGAUAUGCGACAACGCGUCGAUUGGAGUAUUGAUCGGGGAGGUGAUGAGGGGACCAGUGAUAACAUUGUUGGAACAUGCACUGAUAUCGAGAAGUCCUAUUUCCGCCUAACAUCGGCACCAGACCCUAGUGCAAUUCGGCCACUCGAAAUACUGGAAAAAGCGCUGAAGCUUGUGCAACAAAAUUAUACAAAUAAUCGCGAUUAUACCUACGCAAACGAUCAGCUGAGAAGUAUUCGUCAAGAUUUAAUGGCAAACCAAUCAGUGAAGAGGCGUCGUCUGUACCAUAUCCAGUGUAUAAGGACAGAUUUCACUGUGAAAGUUUACGAGACGAAUGCUCGGAUUGCACUGGAGCAGGGCGAUCGUGAAGAAUACAAUCAGUGCCAAAGUCAGCUCAAAUUAUUGUACAGAGAGAUACCGAAUUCGCCGAAUCGCUAUGAAUUUACAUCCUACCGAUUGCUCUAUUACAUUUCUGUUGCAAAUACCAUUGAUCAAACUACUUUGUUAAGUGAGUUGGAUGAAAAAGCACGAGAGGAUCCGUGUAUUGAAUUUGCGCUGAAAACUAGAGAAGCUUGGGCACUGGGCAAUUAUGUGAAACUUUUCCGACUGUAUGAACAUGCCCCACGAAUGGCAUCUUAUGUGAUGGAUUUGUUUCUGGAGAGGGAACGAAAAGCCGCCCUGAAUGCCUGCCUGAAAUCGUUUCGGCCGACAAUCACGGUAAGUGCCUUGGUAUCACUGUUAGGCCUCGAAGAGACAAAGCUAUGUGAAUGGUUAGCAACUCUGGGAAUAACACCUAGCGAUGGCAAAAUUGACUGUCGUACUCACUGCAGUGCGAUAACUGCAUGA